AUGAGCAUACUCCAAAUGGCUUGGUGCGACUCACAACCCGUAAUUACAUAUAAACUCGUAAAAAAUUCGCAGUAGACUGCUCUGCGAUGGCCACCUGGACACAAAAUGCGCCGACAGGUGUCAGCAAACGAAGGCGUUGGAAUCUCGAAGAUCGUGCUUCACUAAACAAGCUCAAGGAACACAUUGCAGAGGAGGGCUGUCCACAGGUGCAAUAUGAUCUGGGGCGCAAACUGCUGGAGGAUGCCAUAGAGCCCAACAUGGCCAAUGGCCAGGAGAGUCAAAAGGCGGUGCACUGGCUGGUUAGUGCCGCACAGCAAGGCCAUGAAGAUGCAGUGUGUCUGCUGCGAAAGUGCUACAAUGCUGGCAAUGGCAUUACGGCGGAAAAUGCUGAAGAGGUGCGUCGCUGCCUGGCCAUGACGGCGGGAGAGCGCGCCGCAAGGAAAGCAGCUCGCGAGCUCUUCGCCUGCCUAUCCAAUGGCAACGAGCACAUCACACCCAAGCAGCUGGAGCGUAAAAUGCGACGCAUUUAUAAUCUACAACGGAAAAGACGACGCCGCGGCACCAAUGACGCUUCCUCAUCUAACACGGACGAGGAGACCAGCGAGAGCGAGCGCGAACCCUUGGAAGAUGCCGCAACCAUUGGCCGCACUAAUGUCGAGCGGCGUCGUUUCAUAACCGAGGCGCAUUUGGUAUCAGCUGCUUCAAACUAUUCCGCCGGCCGCAUGCCCAGCGUCAAUGAGACAUUGACGUUGUCCGUGCCGCAUCCACAGAGCUUGGAUCAUGUGCCCUGUUUCUAUCGCAUGAUCUUUCAUCCAUUGAUUUUCUUUACGCUACUCUACCAUCGAUUCAUCAACCUGGUCGUCGCGUUGCCCGCCAUGCUACCUCUGAGUGUACGUUGCAGCGUGCUCGUACUGCUGACCUGGUGGAGCAGCGUACAGGAUAGCGAACGGCAUAUGUUGCCGAUGAUUAGCUACUAUCUCAGUCUGGGAGUGAUGCUCUGGUCGACGUGUCGUAUGCUCAAGACCAAACAACAAUUUGUGGACUUCCGCAUCUGGUCUGGCCUAUUUCUAAGCUACGGCGAUCACAACAUCGAGGCAGAGAUCUCGGAGCAGCGCUUCCUGCGCAACAAUAUGAAACCGUAUCUGUACUUCUUUUGUGCUUUCAUUUGUAACCUAAUUGUCUAUCCGCUGGUCGCCGACGCCUGGCUGCCCCACUCCGAGCUGACCAUCAUCUCAGGGGCAAGCACAUUCAUCACAUUGGGCGUCUUUAUGUACGCCUCAUCCCAGCUGCUACCGGACUGGCUGGUAAUCGUUUCGUUUGCCGUCAACGUGCUUGCCAAGUAUCCAUACGAAUUGGACGAAGUUGUUUCCACGCACUGGCGCUUUCUUGAUCUUCGAGUACCCACCUUCUCCUCGUUUGUCAUUGGCAAUGGCAUUGAGUUCUGCCUCAAUUGCCGCACAGCUCUCUACCUACUGAUACCUAUCCUACUUGUCCUGCUAGCCAAACGCUCUGGCUGGCAUGGAGUCUACACUUACCUGAUCCCACACUGCGUUACCCUUAGCUGGCUGCAGGUUUGCAUUGUAACGUCUCAGAGCGCAACUGUGUUUGGCGCGAUGCGAGCAGCUCUCGGCCUGGCUGGCAUCGUUCUGUUUCUGCCCUUAUUUGGAAUUGUGGCUCUGCUGAUACCAGUCUUCGUUGCCAUCGAUAGCUUGGGCUUGACAAGCGAGCAUCUGCGCUGGGGCACCACGGCCGUUGCCUGUAUCAUGGUGGUGCUGCUCUCCUGCGUUAUGGCUGUUAACCGCUCCACACAGAAGUACAUCACCAUGUUGCAGCUACUGGUGGGACUCACUACCGCAUGUGUGCUGGUGUUUCCCUACAUGACGUCCAGUUUUAAGGAUACUCCUCGGUUUAAUGCCAUGCCCAAUGUGCUCUCUAGCCCAACUGUGGGCAUGCACACUCUGUCCGAUUCGCUGCAAUGGGAACGCUUCUAUGAGCUAUGCGCCCAGCCGGUGCAUGAUCAGCCGAACAAAAUAAAAGCCCAACUACGCUGCUCCCAUCUCAAUGGCUUGCCUGUGGCUUGGGAGGGUAAAGUGUCGCACGUUCAGAUUGCUCGCGUAUUCAAUAUACUGGAGGAUGUGAUUGGCAAUUAUCUGCCCACCUGGUUGGGGCAGUUGUUGCGCUGUGUGCAUGGCGACAAUAUUGCCCAACAUUUCGAAUGCAAUCCCCAACACGAGAAGGACUGCAUAGAGUGGCAGCGUGUGAUCAAGAUGCUUGGUGCACAGAGAGGCCAUUGCACGUUGGAGCGUUGGAAUCGCUACGAGUACGAGCUGGUCGUUCAGGUGACAUCGACCAGUCUGCUAGGACGUGCCAUUUCCACAUCGGAUGUGGUGCUGCGUGCCCAUCAUGACUUUGGCAAUUUUACGCAGCGACUGCAUCGUGGCGACCGGAUCUCAUUCUAUGGGACUCUCCACAACUCGCGCCUGCUGGCUAACAAUGUGCGCGAACACUUUGUUCUUGGUUCCAGUGCGCCGCCUCAAGUGAAUCUGAAAGCCAUCGAGUGCUUGGACUGCAAAUCCCCCGAUCUAGGCAGCAUGAGCAUACAGCGCAUGCUAGUCGCUUCGCCUGUGGAUGCACGCAUGCAGGACCUGAUGCGAGGCAUAAAAUACUUGUUGAAUGCCCUAUUGAGUCCAUUGAUAACAUUUAAAUAGAUACACAAAUAGCCAUAUAUUAAUAUUAAUUAAAAACUAUGUUUAACUGU